CAAGACUUGAAACUGCUCCACCUUCCAUGUCUCCGAGGGGCCAUGAGACGGUACUGUGCACAUAAGUAGCUUUGAAUAUCUCACAAACGCUGCAUGAUGUUGACGCAGCCUGAUACAUCUCUUCACUGCCUUAAUCACACCCUACACAUUCUUUACCGUUUUGGCAAUCCUUUACGAUCAUGCUCCGUACCCUUGCUGUACUUGCGGCUGUGACUUCAGUUCUCGCAUGCCCCCAACACGAUUAUAAUACUCGUGCUACAGAUGGUCUCGCGAAACGUGCAGAUGGUCCCAGUGGCUGGACAUACGCAGCCUCGAAUACUUGGGGAGUUGCCAAUGAUACUAUCUGCCUUACCGGCACCACUCAAUCCCCCAUCAACCUGCCCUCGGGCUCUUUCUCGAAAACCCAUAUCCCAUCAUUCGCUUACUCGGCUCCUGCCUCUGGGACAUUAUUUAACUGGGGAUUUGGUCCAAGCUUCUCAUUGAACAAAAGCAAUGGGGUUGACUUUUCUGCCAACCCAUCUUUCAAAUUCGACGAGGAGACCGUCUAUCUGCUCUCUUGGCAUACACACAUCCCGUCCGAACAUCUCAUAAACAAUGUCCGAACUCGUGCUGAGAUUCAUCUUGUCCACGGUGAUGCUUCUGGUAUACCAAGAGGCGUAAUUGGACUCAGAAUCAAUCCCUCCUCCAAAUCAUCUCCCUUCUUCGCACAAUUUGUCUCUCAGGUACCGCAUCACGGCUCUAGCAAUCGCACACAAGUUGACCAACUCGACAUGUCACUCGCUUUGAAAGAGGUUGGAAGCCUGAAGAACUUCUGGACGUAUAAGGGUAGCUUGACGACCCCGCCUUGCAGUGAAGGUUUGAGAUGGUGGGUCGCUGGCAAGGUAUUGGAGAUUAGUGACUCCCAAAUGAAGGCUUUAUUAGGAGUCAGUGCAUAUAGCGCCAGGGUAGAGCAGAUGGUAUGGAGUCAUGCCAUUGGUAUCUAAGGAAUUGGUAGAGUAGUGUGAUAUCCUAGAUGAUAGGGGAACUGAGAUGGACUGAGAAGGUCUGCGGGAUAAUUACUUUCUAUUUGUAAAAGUUUCUUCUGAAACUUAUAACAGUACUCAACGUUCGCU